GACGCUCUUCAAAGAUACCCAGUGUUUGUGUUUUGUGUGCAAAUAGCUAGACCAGCCAGUGGUUCCAGCAUGUUCAAGUUUGUCGCCGUUGUGUGCUGCCUGAUGGCCGUGGCUUGGGCCAUGCCAGCGGCCGAGUUGUCACCAGCGGUUGAGGCACCGGAGAACCCGACGGUACUGCUCGUGCAGGCUGAGGCGGACGAUAGUGACGAUAUGGUCGGCGCUGAGACGGCCCAUCAUGGUGGGGGCUACGGCGGUUAUGGCGGUUAUGGCGGUUAUGGCGGCGGUUUCGGUGGCUACGGGGGCGGUUUCGGAGGCUACGGCGGUGGUUUCGGAGGCUACGGAGGUCAUGGAUAUGGGGGCUACGGAGGAUUCGGAGGAUAUGGACAUCACCACCACCACCACGGACACCACGGAUAAGCGGAAAGGAACGCACCGUUUGGUAUUGAACUAUUUCGACUAUUCCGCAUUUGCACUGUGAUCCGUCUACCGUAUCGCGGGGACCUCUGCCCAGAACUCACACCUAUACGCAACAUCCUCAACGUUCAAACCCCUUCAUCCAUUGUACCACCUCGCCAUGACGCGUGAAGCUGCCUGAAGACGUA